CCCCUUUUUCUUCCCUCCAACUUCGCAACGAAAUCGUUAAUUACCUGCGGCAGGCUUUCCCUUUCUCCUCCGACAUCGAAGUUCCAGUUUUGGCAUCCUUUACAGCAAGAUCCAAUAGUUUGUCUGAACGUAUUCAGUAUGAAGUUCUUAGAAUACACUCCGCUGGACCGAAUAAAUGGUUUCUUGAAUGAUUUAAACCUCGGUGAGCGUACCAUCAAAGGAAGCCUUGAAGCAUACUCUUGCAAACACACUGGGACAGAUAAAAGACUCUCUCUCAGUUUGGAGAAUGAGAUCCUUGACUAUCUUGGGAAAUCCUCAGAUACCGACUCCUGCUCGCCAGUUGAAUUCCUGUUGAGCAGAUCAAGCCGGAAGACAUUGAUCUAUUUGGUGCUUACCCUCUAUCACAUGUAUCCUGAUUAUGACUUCAGUGCAGUUAAAGCACACCAGUUCUUCACAGAGGAAAGCUGGGAUACCUUUAAACAGAUUUUUGAUACCUUCAUGGUUGAAGCGUCAAAGGAAUGGGUUGAGACAUAUGGAGGCAGCUCACUACUGGAAACAAUUUAUAAGGCUCUAGAUGAGGUUGUGGAACUCUCAGAGUGUGAAAUUUAUAGUUAUAAUCCAGAUUCCGGUGCAGAUCCCUUUCUAGAGAAAGGAGCUAUAUGGUCCUUCGGUUUCUUCUUCUACAAUAGGAAACUAAAGCGUGUAGUGAGUUUCAGCUUUUGCUGCUUAAGUAACUUGGUGGCCGAUGGUUUUGUCGCUGACAACUUGUGUUACGAGGAAGAUGGUGAAAUAUUCGAUAACAUGGACAUAUGAUCACUUUACAUAUUUGUUGCACAAUGUGUCGAUACCCUUUGACAUCGGUGUGUAGUUAGUUAUGUUCCAUAGCAUAUUGCUCGCAUGAGCCGAGCAGACUUGAUUUUCUGCUUUGCUGUGUAUAUGUAGUCUAUUACCCAGACUUGGAGUUCGAGUACUGACGUGAGUAUGUUCAAUUGUUUUUAAAGUGUUUUCUUAUGUUUGGAGGUUUACAUUUAUGUAGUGAUGUUAGAA